AACUUGUUGAUUACUUCUUUGUGAAACCAAAGAAGCAGGAAUCUGCCGGUUUGAAGAGGUUGUGUUCAUCUUUGACGGUCUGGAUGAGUGUCGACUUCCUCUGGACUUCCUCAACACUGAGAUCCUGACUGAUGUUACAGAGUCCACCUCAGUGGGUGUGCUGCUGACAAACCUCAUCAGGGGGAUUCUGCUUCCCUCUGCUCACCUCUGGAUAACCACACGACCUGCAGCAGCCAAUCAGAUCCCUCCUGGGUGUGUUGACAUGGUGACAGAUAUCAGAGGAUUCACUGACCCACAGAAGGAGGAGUACUUCAGGAAGAGAUUCAGAGAUGAGGAGCAGGCCAGCAGGAUCAUCUCCCACAUCAAGAGAUCAAGAAGCCUCCACAUCAUGUGCCACAUCCCAGUCUUCUGCUGGAUCACUGCUACAGUUCUGGAGGACAUGUUGAAGACCAGAGAGGGAGGAGAUCUGCCCAAGACCCUGACUGAAAUGUACAUUCACUUCCUGGUGGUUCAGUCCAAAGUGAAGAACAUCAAGUAUGAUGGAGGAGCUGAGACAGAUCCACACUGGAGUCCAGAGACCAGGAAGAUGAUCGAGUCUCUGGGAAAACUUGCUUUUGAGCAGCUGCAGAAAGGGAACCUAAUCUUCUAUGAAUCAGACCUGACAGAGUGUGGCAUCAAUAUCAGAGCAGCUUCAGUGUGUUCAGGAGUGUUCACACAGAUCUUUAAAGAGGAGAGAGGACUAUACCAGGACAAGGUGUUCUGCUUCGUCCAUCUGAGUGUUCAGGAGUUCCUGGCUGCUCUUCAUGUCCAUCUGACAUUCAUCAACUCUGGAGUCAACCUGCUGGCAGAAGAACAAAAAACCUCCAAGCUGUCUAGAGUCUUCAGAGACAAAACAAGUUUCUACCAGAGUGCUGUGGACAAGGCCUUACAAAGUCCAAAUGGACACCUGGACUUGUUUCUCCGCUUCCUCCUGGGUCUUUCACUGCAAACAAAUCAGAGUCUCCUACGAGGUCUGCUGACACAGAAAGGAAGUAGCUCAAAGACCAAUCAGAAAACAGUGGAUUACAUCAAGAAGAAGAUCAGUGAGAAUCUGUCUGCAGAGAGAAGCAUCAAUCUGUUCCACUGUCUGAAUGAACUGAAUGAUGAUUCUCUAGUGGAGCAGAUCCAACAGUCCCUGAGUUCAGGAAGUCUCUCCACAGAUAAACUGUCUCCUGCUCAGUGGUCAGCUCUGGUCUUCAUCUUACUGUCAUCAGAAGAAGAUCUGGACGUGUUUGACCUGAAGAAAUACUCUGCUUCAGAAGAAGCUCUUCUGAGGCUGCUGCCAGUGGUCAAAGCUUCCAACAAAGCUCUACUGAGUGGCUGUGAGCUGUCAGAGAGAAGCUGUGAAGCUCUGUCCUCAGUUCUCAGCUCCCAGUCUUCUAGUCUGAGAUAUUUGGACCUGAGUAAAAACAACCUGCAGGAUUCAGGAGUGGAGCUAGUGUCAGUUGGACUGAAGAGUCCUCACUGUACAUUGGAAAUUCUCAGACUGAGUGGCUGUUACCUGUCAGAGAGAAGCUGUGAAGCUCUGUCCUCAGUUCUCAGCUCCCAGUUCUCUAGUCUGAGAGAGCUGGACCUGAGUAACAACAACUUCAGGAUUCAGGAGUGGAGCUGGUGUCUCCUGGACUAAACAGUCCACACUGUACACUUGAAACUCUCA